GAAAGGAGUAACACAGGUGUGUUGAAACUUGGUCAACUGCCAGAGCUAGAUUAUGAGCUCAUUUGAUCCACAGAUACACUCACCACACCGCUGCAGCCCGCAAUUUCCUAACAUUGGGCAGGAACCUCCUGAAAUGAACAUCUACUAUGAAAAUUUCUUUCAUCCACAGAAUAUUCCUAGUCCACAGAGGCCUACAAACUUUGAAACAGGAGACUACAAUGCUACACCCAACCCUUACUUGUGGUUAAAUGGACCUUCCAUUAACAGUCCACCUUACCUACCGGGAACCAAUGGCAGCCCAUACAUCCCACCAGCCUAUGGGAUGCAAAGGCAGCUCUUGCCUAACAUGCACGGCUUGGCAGGGAAUGAAAUGGGCUGGCUCCCAAUGCCUUCUCAAGAAGAGCUGAUGAAGCUGGUCAGACCACCUUAUUCCUAUUCUGCGCUCAUUGCCAUGGCCAUCCACGGAGCCCCAGACAAGAGACUGACCCUCAGUCAAAUCUACCAGUAUGUCGCUGACAACUUCCCCUUCUACAACAAAAGCAAAGCUGGUUGGCAGAAUUCCAUACGGCACAACUUGUCUCUCAAUGACUGCUUCAAGAAGGUGCCCCGGGAUGAAGAUGACCCAGGGAAGGGCAAUUACUGGACUCUGGAUCCGAACUGUGAGAAGAUGUUUGACAAUGGAAACUUUCGGCGGAAGAGGAAGAAGAAGUCUGACUGCAGCGCCAGCACAGCGUCUCUUGCUUCUGACAAAUCGGAGGACAGCGCCUUAACUGGCAGCCCCAAGGCGGCAGCAGAGCACCAAGACCUGCUGGAGAACUCAUCUUCUGGAGCAGAGAGCUCCCCUGAAAAGAGAUCUCCACCACCAUCUUCCACCACUCCCUGCCUCAACAACUUCCUGUCCAGCAUGACAGCUUAUGUGAAUGGGUCCAAUUCAGUCAGCCGCUCAGUGGCCCUAGGACUUGGCACCGAUGCUGGUGACAAAAUGGGACAGAACGUGGUAGGCUUCAACUCAUACACCCCUCUUGCCAACAUCUCCAGCCAUGGCAGUGGAGAGCCAUGGUCCAAUUCCAUGUCCUCUGGUCAUCUUGGCUAUGGCAGCUCAGUUCUCAACCAGUUCAACAGCAGCUUUUACAACAGCCUCGCUGCAAAUAAUACUCUAUAUUCCAGAGAGGGAACUGAGGUGUAAACAGAGGGAGGUCUUGUGAAAAGAGGGGAAAGUGUAAGGAUACAGGGAGAGAAAAUAUUGUCAGGAAAGGUGCUUCACGUUAGCCCCCUCACUUCUUUCAAUUUAUGUUAAGAUACACCAGAACGGUAUCUCUGUCAUGGCCAAUGUU